GUAAUAGUUGUAACCAAUGUUUGGAAUCCUACGGAGCACGGCGAGCAAUGCAUGAAGGUUACCAACGAAGGGUCCGCCUUCGAAGUGAACUGGCAAUGGGAGACCGAUCGUGGCACGGUGCAUUCCUUCCCGCAUGUCAAAUUCAACUCGGACGCGCUACCGACCCCGCUGGCGAAUAUCUCGGGGCUGAAGCUGUCGGGUAACUGGAGCUUCGUGGCCGGGGAUGUCGCCGCCCUGGACUCCUCCUUCGAUGCCGCCGGCUUGGUAGCCAACAGCGUCACCGCCAACGUCGCGAUCGAUAUGUUCGUGGACGCGGAUCCGGCCAAGUCCCAGAACGAGACCCUGGCCAAAUAUGAGAUCUUGAUUUGGCUGGGUACUAUUGGGCAGCCGUAUCCGCUGGGAUGGAACGAGCCGACGUGGAACUUUCAAUUGGAGGAUGCGAAAUACACUCUCUACCGCGGCACCAACCAACGCGGCACCACCUCCUUCACCUGGUUCCCUCCUAUUAACACCACAUCCUUCGACACGGACUUCUACCCCCUCCUCCAAUUCCUCAUCGACAACGAUCUCAUCGACCCCUCCCUGAACCUCGGCCUCGUCGAAUUCGGCCAGGAGGCCUUCUAUUCCACGGGCAAAGUGACCUUCGCCGUCAACGGGUAUAACAUGAACCUCACGAAACGCGAUGGCGGGAGCCAGACGGUCGGCACCGAGAACCCGUCGGGGGAAGCGGGUGAGGAGUCGGGCGCCGCUGCGGUGCGAACUGGAGGUUUGGGCGCCCUGCUUGGUCUGUUGGCCAUACUAUAUACGUUCUUAUAG